UUUGGAGAAGACCUACCUCUAAGUCCGCGGAGUCCUCUAACCCCCAGACAUGGGCCAGGUUUGGCUGAUGUUUGUCAGUACGAUGAGUGGAUAGCAGUGAGGCAUGAAGCCACCCUGUUGCCCAUGCAAGAAGAUCUGUCAAUAUGGUUAUCAGGUUUAUUAGGUAUUGAAGUUAAGGCAGAAAAAUUAUUGGAAGAACUUGAUAAUGGAGUACUGUUAUGCCAGCUGAUUAAUGUUCUUCAAAAUAUGGUGAAAACAUGCAACUCGGAAGAACCAGGGAAUUUUCCAAUGAGAAAAGUGCCCUGUAAGAAAGAUGCUGCCUCAGGUUCAUUCUUUGCUAGAGACAAUACUGCGAACUUCCUUCACUGGUGUAGACGCGUUGGGGUUGAUGAGACUUAUCUCUUUGAAUCUGAAGGUUUAGUUUUACAUAAAGAUCCAAGACAGGUGUAUCUUUGUCUUCUUGAAAUUGGUCGAAUUGUGUCAAGAUAUGGGGUCGAACCACCAGUAUUAGUAAAACUUGAGAAAGAAAUUGAGCUAGAAGAGACCUUACUCAAUGCUUCUGGGCCUGAAGAGUCUAUCAGCAUUCCGAAAUCAUGCUGUGAGCAUGAAGAGCUGCAUGAAGCUGUUAAACAUAUUGCUGAAGACCCUCCUUGUAGUUGUUCUCAUCGAUUUUCUAUUGAGUACUUAUCUGAAGGACGGUACCGACUAGGAGAUAAAAUACUCUUUAUAAGGAUGCUUCAUGGAAAACAUGUCAUGGUCCGUGUUGGUGGAGGCUGGGAUACUCUUCAAGGAUUUUUGCUUAAAUAUGACCCCUGUCGAAUAUUACAGUUUGCUACACUAGAACAAAAAAUUCUAGCAUUUCAAAAAGGAGUUUCUAAUGAAAAUGUACCUAAUUCGUCUGCCAGAACACCUCAGCCUCCUGAAAUGAAUCCUUUGUCAGCAGUUAGCAUGAUACAGAAACAAAAAUCAAAACCUGGCACACCAGUUGGUAUUCCAAGGAGCAAAGAAAAGCAGGUAUGUCUACCAGGUGUGUUGCUGCCAGCAUCUUCCCUAAAAGGAGGUAAUCUGGGCUCCGCAUCAGUCUGUUCUAAAUUGCCAAAUUCUCCAGCAGCGUCUUCUCACCUCAAACUCAAAUCUUCAAAAGACGUAACAAAGAAACCACAGACUCCUUCAAACAAUGCAUCAUCUUCUUUAAAUCCAGUAGAUAAAGGCACUUCUUCACCAGCUUUAUCAAGAACUGCACCUUGUGUAUCUGAGUCAUUGAGAAAAUGUAUCUCAUCACCAAAUACUCCUAAGGCCAAGUUUAUUCCAGCCCAGAAGUCAAGAGAUGUCCCUGAGUCUAGACUUUUGCCAAAUAAAUGUUCUGAAAAAACUGAACCAAAGCAUUUGAAACACAAUCAUAUGUCUUCCAGAGAUAAUGCAGUAUCUCACCCAGCUACACAUUUAAACUCAUCAUCAAAGAAGCUACCUAAAGCAAAUAUACAUGUAAGGCCUAAACCUUCACCU